CCUGUGGCUAGAUCUGCCUCUGAAGGAGAGCCUAGCGGUAGCCUGGCCACAGUCUGCCGUCUGUCUGUCCGUCCAUACACCCGUCUGGCUGGCUGGCUUCUUAUUGCUCCUCUGUAACCUGCCUGGCCACCUAUCUGUAAGGCUGUCUGUUAUCCUUUCUGUCCAGUUGUCUGGCCUGUGUGACUGUCUGUCUUGUUGGACCCAUUGAUUUUUCCCAUCUGUCCAGUCGCCUGAGUUCACCCUGAGUAGUUUCUUUUCCCUUCAGUUUGUCAGUUCAGUUCGUCCCUCUGUCUGCCCACCGCCCUGUGUGUCCAGUUACCUCCCUCUCUCUCCCUGGACCAUUGAGCCAUGGCCUGGGGCUCUAGGGCCACGAUCUGCCUGGUCCUGCUGGGUGUGGUUCUGGGUCUAGUUAUCAUUGUACUGGCUGCGGUCCUUUCUCAUCGCCAAGCCUCUUGCGGUCCCAGCGCCUUCACACGCGCUGCCGUAGCUGCUGACUCUGAGAUCUGCUCCGAUAUUGGACGAGCCAUCCUCCAGCAGCGGGGCUCGCCUGUGGAUGCCACCAUCGCUGCCCUGAUCUGUACUGGUGUGGUUAACCCUCAGAGCAUGGGUCUGGGCGGAGGGGUUGUCUUCACCAUCUACAAUGCAUCAACAGGGAAGGUGGAGGUCAUCAAUGCUCGGGAGACAGUGCCAGCCAGCUACGACCAGCGCCUGCUGGACCAAUGUAAAAAUGCCCUGCCACUGGGCACAGGGGCCCAGUGGAUCGGGGUUCCUGGGGAGCUACGAGGCUACGCUGAGGCCCAUCGCCGCCAUGGCCGCCUGCCUUGGGCUCAGCUUUUCCAGCCCACCAUCGCCCUGCUCCGAGAGGGUUUCCGUGUGCCCUUUAUCCUCAGCCAGUUCCUCAACAACAGCAUCUUGCGGCCCUUCUUGUAUUCAUCAACUCUGAGACAGCUCUUCUUCAAUGGGACAGAAACCUUGAGAGCUCAGGACCCAUUCCCAUGGCCUGCUCUGGCCAACACCCUGGAGACUGUGGCCAAGGAGGGUGCGGAGGCCUUAUACACGGGGAUGCUGGGCCACAUGCUGGUGAAAGACAUUGCCCAGCAAGGAAGCCAGCUGACAGUUCAGGACUUGGCUACCUUCCAGGCAGAAGUGGUGGAACCCCUGGAGAUGCCCCUAGGGAACUAUACCCUGUACUCACCGCCGCCGCCUGCAGGGGGCGCUAUUCUUAGCUUCAUUCUCAACGUGCUGAAAGGAUUCAACUUCUCUGCAGAGACGGUGGCACGGCCAGAAGGAAAAGUCAACGUGUACCAUCACCUUGUAGAGACUCUCAAGUUCGCGGUAGGGCAGAGGUGGCGGCUAUGGGACCCUUCCAGUCACCCAGGGAUACAGAACAUCUCCCUGGACCUUCUCCGAGAGGAUCUAGCCCAGCGCAUCCGCCAGCAGAUCGACAGCCGUGGUGACCACCAACUCAGCCAUUACAACCUGUCCGGGAUCAGGGGCAACGGGAUGGGCACCGCUCAUGUGUCGGUGUUGGGAGAAGAUGGCAGUGCUGUGGCAGCCACCAGCACCAUCAACACACCCUUUGGCGCCAUGGUGUACUCCCCACGGACAGGCAUCCUCCUUAACAACGAGCUGCUGGACUUAUGCCGGAGACACAAACCAACUUCCACGCUCACUCCUCCACCUGUUCCAGGUGAGCGGCCGCCAUCUUCCAUGGUACCCUCCAUCUUGGUCAACAAAGGCCGGGGGUCGAAGCUGGUGAUCGGUGGGGCAGGUGGGGAGCUUAUCAUCUCUGCCGUGGCCCAGACUAUCAUGAAUAAGCUGUGGCUUGGCUUUGACCUGACAGAAGCCAUUGCAGCGCCUAUCCUACAUGUCAACGGCAAAGGCCACGUGGAGUAUGAGCCCAAGUUCAACCAGGAAGUACAGAAGGGGCUACAGGACCGAGGCCAGAGUCAGAGCCGGAGCCAGCGGCCAAUUUUCCUGAAUGCGGUCCAGGCCGUGUUUCAGGAUGGGCCCUGCAUCUAUGCAGCCUCUGACCUGAGGAAGGCUGGAAAGGCUUCAGGAUACUAAGUCAGCUCUGUCCAGAGCUGGGAUCCGACCCACUAGGAGCGCUGUGCCCUACACGGAUGAUGCUGUGUGUCUGAGCACUCCAGGACCUGGAUCCCUUGCGGCGGGAUCAACCUGGGACUGAAAAGAACGGGGCUCGGGGCUCGGCUCAGCAGAUGAAUGACUGAAGAGGGGAACGAUUGACUUGUUCCUGGUCCCAUCCCAGUGCCUCCUGUGGUUCUUCUAGCCUUGCCCCGGCUGCCCGUUCACCCUCUUAAAUGAUGUACCCGCCAGUCCGAGAUUAAAGAGGAGCCACCGCGUAAACUGA